AUGGCCGUUGCUCGCGGCGUCUUCCUUGUUCUCUCCUCCGCUCUACUGAUCUGCGGUGCUGCAUCCGCCGCCGAUGUAGAGGUCACCCAUCUCCGAUUUUACGUUCACGAGGUCGAGGUCGGCACCAACGCCACCGUCGUCAACGUCGCCAGCCUGCACAGGAACUCAUCAAAGUUCGGUGACGUGAACGUGUUCGACAACAUGGUGCGGGAGGGGCCGGACCCGGCGUCGCGGCUCAUCGGCAGGGCGCAGGGCUUGGCGGUGCACGCGUCGCUCGACGGCCGGAGCGGCCUCGUCGCCAUCAACUUCGUCUUCUCCGAUUACGGCGGGUACAGCGGUAGUGGGCUCACGACGCAGGGACCCAUGGGGGAGUCGGGCGCCUGGGAGCAGAGCAUCGUGGGCGGCACGGGCAAGCUCCGCUAUGCACGAGGGUACAUGGUCAGCGAGCUCGUUGCCUCCACAAACACCUCCAUCGCCGUCGUCUUCGACUCCUACUUCACCCUUGCCGCAUAG